UAAACCGGGAGAGUAAACCGCUAACGUACGGCGAUCAUAACCUGUUCUGGUAACUAUAAUCAAGUCAGCUUGAAAAAAAAGUGUGGUCGAAACGCUGCCGAUGAGUGUAUACAUGGCUAAUGAAAAAAAAUCGUGGAACAUGCCAAAUGAAUACUGAUAUGAAAUCUGCCUCAAGAACCGUCGGUAUUGUCGUGCCUGGAUCUUAAAAUUUCACUAGAAAGAUGGAAAGUAAAUGAUGGACGAAGAUGUCUCCCUCAAGGAAGAAAAAGCUUAUUUUCUUAGUUGACAUAUUGGUGGGAUUUAUUUUAUCAAAAGGUUCAGCAAGUGAUGCAAAACUCAGCGCCGAACAGAGACUCCACAAACGGCUUUUCAAUGAGAGUUAUUACAGUGUCGACCUUUUGCCACAGCACAACCUCUCUGUUCCCAUUAAUGUCCACUUUGCGUUCGAGCUCAUCAAAAUUGUUGAAUUGAACGCUAAAGAGCAAGCAAUGACAGUAUAUGGUUGGGUUAGACAGAAAUGGAAAAACCCUUCAUUACGGUGGAACGAAUCUGACUUUGACGGAAUAAAGAAAAUUUUUGUGGAGCCAAAGAGGAUCUGGGUUCCGGAUAUUCUUCUCUAUGACAACAAAGACGAGCAAGAUCACUUUGGCGGAGGGAGAACCACUUAUAGGAGCGGUGUCACCCUCUCUUCCGAUGGCACCAACCUGUGGUUAAACCCAAUGAUGUUCACUGUCCUGUGCAGGAUAAAAGUCACGUACUUUCCAUUUGACAAUCAAACAUGUAAACUCAAGUUCGGUUCCUGGAUGUACGACGCCACUACGUUUGACAUAACUCCCAUGAAAAAUUUGAAAUUUCCAACGAAGCAUUACCAAGAAAAUGGAGAAUGGGAAAUUCAUAAGGUGAAGAUGAAGCGAAACAAAGAGCACUACCAAUGUUGUGACAAGCCGUUCAUUGACAUCACGGUGACUAUCGAAAUGGGACGGGAAAGUAUGGACUAUUUCAUUAAUUACAUCGUCCCCUGCUGUUUAAUUUCGUCCAUGAUUUUCCUUGGUUUUAUCUUGCCGCCUGAAUCGGGAGAACGCAUCGGGUUAAGCAUCACCGUGCUGUUAGCGAUGACUGUGUUCCAGCAACUCACCUCAGAGAUAAUGCCAUCGUAUGAUUUUCCCAUUCUGGGACAGUAUUAUUUUGCUAUUAUCUUGGAGAUAGGUGCCUCGGUUGUGGUGACCACGACGAUUUUGAACUUUUAUCACCGAACGAAUCGUAGAAUGCCCAGCUGGAUAAGAACACUUGUCAUAGACUGGAUGGCAACCAUAGUUUUCCUGAAGGAUACACCAGAGAAAAGAAAAAUCCAGCGGCGGAAAUCCAGUAGAAGAAGCCGAAGACGAAAACAGCAGGGAAUUAUUAACGACGUUUGCAAAAGGUCUUUCAAGAAGAAACAAGAAGAAAUGAAAGACCAGCACAACCAGGGAUUUAACGUAACAUUCGGUGACACCAUUUACUGCGGUCCUUCCAAUACCGAGGCCUUGGGUGUAGAAAUGGAAAAUCUUGGAAUCCAGCUCAAUUAUGGUGUUAAUACAUAUCCCUUCAAGAGCUCCAGUGAAGCGCUGGAUGAUCAACUCAAGAAAAACGAGGAAGCACGUCCCUAUAUGGACGACAAUGAAGCCUUAAGCGAAGACGAGUUGGCCAUACGUCACUGGGAAUGGACUCUUGUAGCAAGGAUUCUGGAUCGGUUCUUCCUUGUGAUAGCAAUAAUCUGUGGCAUAGUUACGGUUGCGGCAAUAUUUUUGCGCGCACCGAAGAUAUGGUCUCCUCCUGAGACGCUAACGAUCGACAAACCUGAACAAUUGGUCGACGAAUAGAACUCAUUCAACGGCUUCGUAAAUUACAUGCUAUUUAGCCUGCAUUAUCAAAAGAAAAAUUUUGUGUGUCUUGACUUAGGUACAGACAAAAAGUAGUCGUGCGGUCAUCUGGGUGUGUUACCUCUUUGGUACCCAAAGUAAAGCACAAAAUCCUGGUAUCAAGAUUGCAUGCACUAAUUAUAUUAGCUUUACGUUGAACUCUUAUGCAAAUAGAAUAUAUCUAUCACGUCAAAGAAAGACUGUGCUCAUGAGACAAUAAGUGAGACUGUUGGCAUGAGACAAUAAGUUAAGUAAAGGUUGGCGGUGAGUAUUGGUAAAGGUUACCAAACGAAGCGUGGUAGAUGCGUUAAGUGUCAACUGUUUCGACAAAGCGAGUUUCCUUGUACUUUACAUAGCCGUACUGAACACUUCAACUCCCAUGAGUGACCAAGACAGAAUUUCUCCCAACAAUAUUUAGACGAUAUCAAGCAAUCAAUUGAUGGGAAUAAAGAAAAAUAUCAGUUAGAGGAUUAGGCUUUGAUUUCAUCUCGGCUAAGUUCUCAGAACCAGCAUCAUAAGAAUUGUAUGGCAAGUAGCAAGGAGAGUUACUAAUUAGAUCAAGGGAGUGAAUGGGUUCUUAAUUUUGUAACGAAUGAAGACUGUUGUAAGCAUUUUCUGCGAAGUUGUUGCCAGUAGGCUAACUCAAAAGGGAAUUUGCUCUGUUUAGGCCUGAAUUUGUACAAUAAAGCCUUCACAAGUUUGGAAAAACUGUGCAAGCACUGUGUUACAUAGAUUUGAAUAGGCAAGGCGAGACCAUUAAUAAGAAAGUCAAAUAAUUAAGUAAAAAAGCAUUGAUGGAAAUUUAAGCAACAUUUUUAGUUGUACGGUAGUCGCCAAUUAGAAAUAGAAACGGCUAUCUAAAGAUAAUACUGAAUGUAUUAUUUGAAUUUUGUCAACCUUUUUGAAUGUUUGAAUGUUUUAUUUACAUUUUGUCAACCUUUUUCCUGUAAUUUCAAUUUAAAACAUUUCCCAUGUUGAUAUGAACUAUUGAAAGCUAACAGUUACAACAGUUGCUUUUAUAUAAUAAGCUGAAUUUUACACGCAUUUUGUUUGGUUCAUACGUAUGAUCUACUGGAAGAUAGAUGCAUAGAGAACGUUACCAUCGACAAUACUAUUGUUGUUGUAGUGUAGUACAACUGCACUUUGCUUGUUGAUAAAAUAAAAAAAACGGUUGAAUUCUA